UUCAUCGUUCCUUUGGUCUACGGUCAUCUGUAACAUGUCAGAUAAUUUGUAUUGAGGUUUUGUUGUGAUUUUUCCAAUUGUAAUGUUCCUCUCUAACAAUUUUUCCUUAGUACGCUUCUAAUUUUAGCGAUAUUAUUGUCAUGAGAAAGACUAUAUUAUAUUUUCAGCAAAAUGGAUCAAGAGAAAUACAUGGAAGCUCUAGAAAGAUUGAUGGAAGAAUUUUUCGGCCAUGCCACUGGAAAUGAAAGGAGAAACGAGAUAGAACACGAAUUCGAAGUUUUUAAAUCCAGGCCGGAUGCUUGGAUUUUAUGCUCCUAUUUCAUUGAACACUCCUCUAGUCAUUAUGUUAUUAUGUUUUCGCUAUCACAUUUAGAGUCUGUGAUAUACAAAUUGGACAAGGUUCAUUUAGGAGCUCGGAAUGAGAUCAGACAAAUAAUUCAAGGUUACCUUUUUACAUCUGCGACAAAUGCCCCGCACUUUGUUAGAGAGAAGUAUGCAAAGUUACUGGUAGAUAUAGCUAAAUUAGACUGGCCUCAUGAAUACCCAGAUUUCAUGAAUUUUAUGGAAGAGCUUUUGAAUAAACGGAAUAAAUAUAUGAUAGGUUUGAUCCUAAUGCGAAUUACAACUGAAGAAUUCAACAGCGAUUCCCCCAUAAUAGAUGCAAAAAGACAUGGAGAGUUGCAGAGACUGAUGAAGCCCUACAUUCCUAAGUUUUUAUCAUACAUCUGCCUCAUAUUGGAUGGUUUAAAUAGUAAAUCCCGCCCUCCUACCACUACUAAUACCCCUGGCACUGCCACUCCACCGCCUUCUCCUACACAUCCUGGAAUCGAAAUGGAACCAGAAAAUUUGGUAAUACCGAUAAAUCAGUUUGAUCCGCUGACUCACGGUAGAGAAGAUGAAAUGGACUUAAACCGCGAAGCUUUGAAGACGUUGCAACAUUUCUUCACUUGGGUGCCUCUACACAUGAUAAGUACCAAACUUCUCAAAUUCCUUUUUAUUGUGAUAAAUACUCCUAAUCAUUCGCAGGGAGAUAGGGAUCUGUGUUUAUUGGCCUUGUCGACAGUAAAUGAGAUUUUGUAUCGAAAAUGUUGCCCUAGAGGUUGUGAAUCUUUCUUCAUCGAUCUGUACCACUAUCUUGUGGUUGUUCUGAGAGAUUUAUCUGCUCUUUCAAUUGACAAACUAAAGAAUAUUGAACCUACGUUUGUCCAGAAGUUAGCAGAGCUGAUUAUUCUCUUCAGCCAGCAGCAUUUCUGGAGAAUUGACAAACAGGCCAAAGUUUCCAGUUUGGACUUUCUAUCGUUAUUUUAUAAUUUCACAAAUGCAUUACCUACUGCUCAAUGCUACCAUCAUUGCCUAACUGCCUGGUCAGCAGUUUUCAAGGUGGUCAUACAUCAAAAUCCCAAUGGGGAUCACAGGCAAUACGCUUCACUAUAUCAAUUUGUGUAUACCAUGUUGUUGAGAAAACUGCAGUUUAACUGUUGGGAUCAGCUCAUGUUCCUCAACAACCAAGAAGUUAACGAUGAUAAUGAAACCGAAUGGGCAUCGUACGUGAAGAUUUCGAACGAGAUCAUAGCGUUGAUGGCUGGAUUAGCCCCGAUUGAAGUCUUCUCAACGGCUUUGGUCCCUUGGAAGGACUGCUGUGAAGCGUACGAAAGAAUAAUAUUUCACAUCCGCAAAUGUAAAAACAUCGAAUACAUGGUGGAGAGCCUGGAAGAAAUGAGAAGGCUGUACUUUGCACUUAUGGAUUUCGCAACGUUAACCCAAACACUCGCCAGACUAUCUUCGAUUUUCAUCGAUCAGGACGAAGAGGAGGUUUCGAAAGACACGGAUUCCGAAAUCGAAACCAUGUUCCGCAAGCUGCUAGACUGCGCCGAAUACUCCAGUCUCUUGGCUGUUUUGGACUUGAAGUUGAAUGAUAGGGUGGCAGAAAGUCUGGUUUUGGUACACAGCGAACUGAUCGCCGCCUUGCGGACUUGGCUUUUCUGGAUGUUGCAGAAGAAUAAACUGGACGGUAAUAAGUUAAACUGGCUUGUGAGGAUUGUGGUGAAUAUACUGAUGAAAUUAUCGAAUGCACCGUACCCUAUAGCCUACUCAACGACCUGUUUGCUUCAUUCGAUAACUGACAAAGUGUCUCCGCUACUACUCUUGGAACAGAAAGCUCUAAUGGAGUACAUGAGAAUGACGUGCAUCUAUAGGCAUCCCAUUUUGAAGAUCAGAGAGUUGAUCGAUGAAUCAGUGUGCAAUACUUUUCUCGGCUUCAGCAAUGGUCCAAAUUUAUCCAAACAAGAAGUAGAACAAUUGAAACAGGUUCGUUUUCACCACCUGAACAUUUAUAUAGAUACAUUAUCGUCAGAUUUCCUUUCGUUAACCCCAACAACGGAAGAGGUGCUAGUUCGUAGAGUGUCGUCUCAAACGUUGGAAUCGUUAUCUCACAUUAUAGAUUAUUGUGGAAAAUUCUCCAACGACAGCAAGGUGACCAUAAAUAACUGCGUCAACAGCACCAUAAAGCACGCCAUGAAACUGUUCCCGGCCUACGAGAAGUUAUCGGAUGUGAGCCAGAUGAUACUGUCCUUUUUCAUCAGUGUUUUUCGUACACUUCAACAUCACAUAGGCUCUGACGGAACGAGGGAAAUCUUGGAUCUGUUCCUCAAGCAGGCCUUGCAGAACGUCGACUUGGCGUAUGUGGAGAAGUUGCUGCAACUGAUGAAGCUGGUCGUGGAAACGAACGCUAGGUCCAACCAGGAGUUUCUGCCACCCAUAGUAGGCUUGUGUUUGCACAACCUCUACCCGAUGGUGUUCAGUAUGAGCGCAGAGAAUCCGGAUGUGUAUUUGGAACUGUUGCAACUAUUUUACAGUUUGCUGGCACACCGUUGGGCGUAUUUUCAUCAAUCGCAAGUUCGUGCAGGUUAUUCUCCUUGCGUAGAAGGUGAUUCUGCUGUGGUUCCGCAAAGACCGGCCGAGUUUAAAUCGAUCCUGGAGGUGUUCGGACAGGCCCUUCUCCAAGAAGACAUCAACAUCUCCAAAUUCAGUAUUGGAGCCCUAGAGGAUCUCAACCGUCAGAGGAACCUCUACUCAAAGCCAAUUUUCAGAGAACACCUUCUACUUAACUUCUUGAACGUGUUAAUGGAGGCCUUAAUGAGUAAAGUAUACAGCUUGUUAAGCGAAGAUGUUCAAACUGCUAUAUACCACAUGUCAUUCCAUAACAAUCAAAUAUUCUUCACUACAUUCCUGCCUGAAUAUGUCUCUACUUUGGAGGGGCUGAGCCAAAACCAGCGUCAACAACUCUUGGAAGAUUUCAAAAAUGAUAGUGAUAUGCCCUCCUUCAUCAACCAUUUGAAAAAUUUCGUAAGUAAGACGCAAAAUCUGAGAAUGUGCAAUUCCUAAUCAGCAUUUGUAAUUGACUGAUUCUCUAUCCUAAGUUCUGAAUUGUAUUGUAUUAUUCUGAAGGAAUUUGUAAAUUGAUAUAUUUAUAAAAGGUUUAUAAAAGAUAACGAGUUUUACCUCUGAAAUUUUCAAAUUCCUCCUUUACUCCAUUCAUCCAAUGAUUUGUCAUCGUUUUGAACAAUUUCGACUAAAUUUCGGAAGCGGACAUACAAAGUUCCUAAAUACCGCCCUGUGCCUGAUAAAAAUCGAACCACAUAUGAGUUGAAGUGCGAAUUCUAUGGUUUAGAAAAUAAUGCGCAUGUGCAUGGCCGACUACGAAAUUUUCAAUUCGAACGCCAUUUUCGACCGCAUUUGUUUUUUGUUGAUUAUGGGUUUUUUAUGAAGAAUAUACUAUUUAUUUUGAAACUACGAGAAUAUUAUUAAUCAAGCCUUAUGUGAAAAAUAAUUUUCAUCUUGAGCCAAUAAUAUCAGAAUAACGAACGAAAUAAUAAUUCUUAUGAAUAUUGAUGUUAAGUCAAGCUGCCUUGCGAAAAACUGGAAGUUAUCAACCAUCAUUGAAAAAAGAAUGAAUAAAAAGGAAAAUAGUUGUGAAUAUUGAAAAUCAUUUUUGAACCGAUUGUGGAUUUAAUUAUAAUAAUUAUUCGAGGAGGGUUGCAGAUUCUGAUAGUAUUUCAAAAAUAGGAAAGUAUUGCCAAUAAAGCACUUAUGCAAAAAGAAACUGGAAUAAUUUUCAUGUUAUGGAAGAAAUGAAAGAAUAACGACCUGGGCGGCCACCACCGAAGGGCGAUCUCAGACUGAAAUCUAUGUGCUUUUGGGAGUCCAGCCUGACUACGAAAGAUGGUAUAUUUACCACCUGUUUCCUUACACUGAAAACACAGAUCGUGAACGCAACUUUGAGUGUUGAAUCGAGUCGUCUUAGACUUAGCUACGUUGGUCAAAAGGUCGAAUGAAAGGAAUUGAUGGAAGGGUCUUAGAGUAUGGUUCGACCUCUUUUCUGCAGUGCUUAGCGAGAAUGGCGUAUAUAAAAUUUUCACUUUUGGGGUUUUCGUUUCUAUGGAGAUUCUUGGCAGUGUAAAUGGUCCCCGGAUGGAUUUUAUGGGGUUCCGCCUUUUUCGCAGCUACCACAAUGUUCCGCCACCUCUAGCCGCUUUCAGUGCUAUAGCUUUGCCGAUACCGCUGCUGGCCCCUGUGAUGAGUAUGGUAUUUCCUGCUAGUUUUCUGAAAGAAGAACAAGAAACUGAUUAUGGAGAGAUAACAAGGAUAUGUUUCCUCGAAGUUACCCCGUAUUUAUCAUGGUUGAUUCCUCAAAUAACGGUAAGUUGAAACAAAUAUGUUGGCAAAGUCCAAAGUUUAAUUCAAUCAGUUCAAUUUCAGAGCACAUUUGGUUUGGACCUUGACAUUUGUAGAUUGAUUGUUAACCUCGAUUUCACAAUUGUGACGUACGCGGACAAAACAGCCUACGACCAUUAGAACUACUGGCGGUAUCCUUUGGAAAUAUGGCUCAGGAAAGCUCGUGGAAGACAACAUAAAAUCAAGGACAUUACUGAUCUCUUUUCUGCGUAUGAGUAGCAAAAGGAAGAUGGCCAUGCUAACGAAAAUGUUCCAGUCGGUUCGCAAUCUUCAGACUCUUGCGGACAUAUUGAAGACCUUCGUGUCCGUCAACACCAAGCUGAUGACUUAUUCGAAAAUCUCGUCAGGUUCCAAUUCUUCCUAUGAACAGUUUGUCCAGGACCAUGACAGGAUGUUGGAUCAAGAUGCCCUUGAAGAAAUGGUACUUGAUAACACAGAAUGGUUCACAACUCUAGAAGAUACCGCACAGAUAGAUAUAAUAACAAUUGAAACGGGAUCGUCAAAACCUCCAUGAAUAUCUUGUGUGAACGGCCCUCAAGGAAAGCUGUUGGUUGUGACUACCCAGGUCUCCCGAUUUCAACCCAGAUGAUAUUACCUGAAAAUCUACAGCACCCACGUUUGUCCUGCUGUUGGAAUUCAAUUUAUUUAGUAUAUUCAUUAAAUUUAACUAAAAUGUUUCUAAAAUGAACCUGAGCAAUAUCUUUGGAAUCAAAAUUCUCUUUUGUUAUAUGUCUGAAUGUUUUUUGUAAAUAAAAUAAUGUUCCCUAUUUUUUCAUCAAUAAAAUAAUGAAUUCA